AUGCCCGUCGGUACCAAGAAGGCCGGUGUCCCUGCUCCUCAGCCCAAAGCUGGCAAGGAAUCCGUCCCUGCGCGUUCCCCGCCCGCUGCGAAAGCAGCCGAGACAAAGCCCGCCGAGAAGACCGCCCCUGCUAAGGGUGUGCCCAGAGAGAAGCCCGUCAGCGGCGGCAAGAAGAAAUAG